UCAUCUUCAACCUUUCCCUGUCAUUCAUCUCUGAACUCAGCAAAAUAAUAAUUUCCAGGCCUAAUAAUUUAUCAAAAAGCUUGGAAAAAGUUUAGUGUCAUGGUGAGGAGAUCCCUUCUUUUAAUAACGUUGACAAGGGAAAGGUGAUUUUGUUUUGUUUUUUUUUUUAUUGUAAUUGUACUGUUUUAAGUUUAAUCAACAAUGGCGACAUCGUCUCAAAAAAAUAAUAAGGGGGGUUCGAGCAACUCUCCGGGCGGACAACAGGUGAAAUUCGCCCGCCGGACAUCGAGCGGCCGGUACGUUAGUUUGUCGAGGGAAGACAUGGAUAUGUCGGGAGAGCUGUCGGGGGAUUACAUGAACUACACCGUGCAUAUCCCGCCGACGCCUGAUAAUCAGCCAAUGGAUAACUCGAUCGCCUCCAAGGCUGAGGAGCAAUAUGUGUCGAACUCGUUGUUCACUGGCGGGUUCAAUAGCGUUACUCGGGCGCAUUUGAUGGAUAAGGUGAUCGAGUCGGAGGUUACUCAUCCCCAGAUGGCGGGGGCGAAGGGUGCGUCGUGCUCUAUGCCUGUUUGCGAUGGCAAAGUCAUGAAGGAUGAACGUGGAAACGAUAUAACGCCAUGCGCAUGCAGGUUCAAAAUCUGCAGGGAUUGUUAUAUGGAUGCUCAAAAGGACAAAGGCUUGUGCCCUGGUUGCAAGGAACCGUACAAGGUUGGGGACUAUGAGGACGACCCGGAAUAUACGAAUGGGACGUUGAAAUUGCCGGGUCCGAAUGGAAAAAGAGAUGCUAAUAACAUGUCGAUGAUGAAAAUGAAUCAAGGAGGAGACUUUGAUCACAAUCGAUGGUUGUUUGAGACAAGUGGUACUUACGGAUACGGCAAUGCAUUCCGUGACGAUUAUGGUGACGAUGGUGAUGAGAGGCUCCAAGGGGACUUGGAGACCAAUGACAAGCCUUGGAAGCCCUUGAGUCGUGUAAUUCCCAUAAAAGCUAGCAUCAUUAGCCCUUACAGGUUAUUGAUUUUCGUCCGAUUGGUGGUGCUGGGAUUCUUUCUACAUUGGAGAAUUGUGAAUCCAAAUAACAAUGCCAUAUGGUUGUGGCUAAUGUCCAUCAUAUGUGAAGUAUGGUUUGCCUUCUCUUGGAUCCUUGAUCAGAUUCCUAAGUUGUGUCCGAUCAACCGUUCGACGGAUCUCGAGGUCUUACGAGAGAAGUUCGAUUUACCAUCACCAUCGAAUCCGACAGGCCGUUCGGAUCUUCCGGGAAUUGACUUUUUUGUAUCGACUGCUGAUCCAGAGAAGGAACCGCCUCUCACCACUGCCAACACUAUCCUUUCUAUCUUAGCAGUUGAUUAUCCCGUGGAAAAGGUAGCAUGUUACAUCUCCGACGACGGUGGCGCGCUCCUUACAUUCGAAGCAAUGGCAGAAGCAUGUAGUUUUGCCGAUUUAUGGGUUCCAUUUUGUCGAAAACACGACAUUGAGCCAAGGAAUCCCGAUUCAUACUUCAACUUGAAAGGUGAUCCGACUAAAGGCAAGAGUCGUCCCGACUUCGUCAAGGAUCGUAGAAGGAUAAAAAGGGAGUAUGAAGAGUUUAAAGUGAGGAUCAACGGACUCCCCGACGCGAUUCGAAGGCGAUCAGAGGCAUUCAAUGCAAGGGAAGAAAUGAAGAUGUUGAAACACCUUAGGGAAAGUGGUGCUGAUGCAAUGGAGAAACCUAAGGUCCAAAAGGCAACAUGGAUGGCUGAUGGCAGCCAUUGGCCUGGAACUUGGUCCAACCCAUCAAAGGAACACUCGAAAGGAGACCAUGCCGGGAUUCUCCAAGUGAUGUUGAAGCCACCGAGCCAUGAUCCGCUCACCGGAAACGGCGAAGAUAAGCUCAUUAGUUUCACCGAUGUAGACAUAAGGUUGCCAAUGUUUGUUUACAUGUCACGAGAGAAACGUCCGGGGUAUGAUCAUAACAAGAAAGCUGGCGCCAUGAACGCCUUGGUCCGAUCAUCGGCAAUCUUAUCGAACGGACCGUUCAUCCUCAAUCUCGAUUGCGAUCAUUACAUAAACAACUGUCGAGCUAUUCGAGAAGGGAUGUGCUUCAUGAUGGAUCGAGGUGGUGAAGACAUAUGCUAUAUUCAGUACCCUCAGAGAUUCGAAGGAAUCGAUCCUUCGGAUCGGUAUGCUAAUCACAACACCGUGUUUUUCGACGGUAACAUGCGUGCACUUGAUGGUGUUCAAGGGCCGGUGUACGUCGGAACUGGUUGUAUGUUCAGGCGAUUUGCGUUGUAUGCAUUUGAUCCUCCAAAUCCUGAUAAAAUGACAGUGGCUAAAGAGAAUGAAACGCAACCAUUGACGACUAGUGACUUUGAUCCUAAUUUGGAUGUGAAUUUGUUGCCGAAACGAUUCGGGAAUUCGACGAUGCUUGCGGAAUCGAUACCGGUCGCCGAGUUCCAAGGUCGGCCACUUGCUGAUCAUCCCGCAAUCAAAUUUGGUAGGCCUGCUGGUGCUCUCAGGGUCCCUCGUGAACCACUCGAUGCAGUAACUGUUGGCGAAGCUGUUUCCGUCAUUUCUUGCUGGUAUGAAGACAAGACAGAAUGGGGUGACCGAGUAGGGUGGAUUUAUGGUUCGGUGACGGAAGACGUGGUGACGGGCUUCCGUAUGCACAACCGUGGCUGGCGAUCGGUUUAUUGCAUCACAAAGCGUGACGCAUUCCGUGGUUCAGCACCAAUCAAUCUUACCGAUCGUCUCCAUCAAGUGCUCCGAUGGGCGACGGGUUCCGUCGAGAUCUUCUUCUCCAGGAACAACGCCUUGCUCGCUGGCAAGAAGCUCAAAUUCCUUCAACGACUGGCUUAUUUAAACGUCGGCAUAUACCCUUUCACUUCAUGUUUCCUCAUCGUUUAUUGUUUCCUCCCCGCAAUGUCACUCAUCUCCGGCCAGUUCAUAGUCCAGGAACUCAACAUCUGGUUCUUGGUUUACCUUAUGAUCAUCACAUUCUGCCUCAUCGGCUUAGCCCUCCUCGAAGUAAGAUGGGCCGAAAUCGGAUUAGAAGAAUGGUGGAGAAACGAACAGUUCUGGCUCAUUUCCGGUACCAGCUCUCACUUCGCUGCAUGCAUUCAAGGUCUUCUAAAAGUGAUCGCUGGCAUAGAAAUCUCCUUCACUCUAACAUCGAAAUCAGCGGGUGAAGAUGAAGACGACAUAUACGCCGACCUGUACUUGGUGAAAUGGACUUCGUUGAUGAUCCCACCCAUCGUCAUCGCCUUGGUAAACAUUGUGGCACUUGUCAUCGCCUUCUCCAGGACACUGUUCGGUAACGGCCAAUGGAACAUGUUCAUCGGAGGUGCAUUCUUCGCCUCCUGGGUGUUAUGUCAUCUCUACCCUUUCGCUAAAGGGUUGAUGGGCCGACGAAGGAAGACACCCACCAUUGUCUUCGUCUGGGCCGGUCUCAUCUCCAUUAUCAUCUCAUUGCUGUGGAUGGCACUUAAUCCCGGCGGUAUCAACUCCAUGGGAACUACGGCCACCGCAAACAGUGGUUUUUCAUUCCCCUGAGCAGCAAAAGGCUUC